AUGGGAAUCCCAUGGGACGAUAUCGUCGUGAUCCAGCACGCCAAGAACUCCAACGAGCCAACAAUUGUCACUGUGAAUUGCCCCGAUAAAGCUGGUCUCGGCUGUGAUCUCUGCAGAAUCAUCCUUGAAUUCGGUCUCCGUAUUACCAGAGCCGACAUUUCGACGGAUGGAAGAUGGUGCUACAUAAUCUUUUGGGUUAUUCCACAUCCUGAAUCACUCAAAGUUGAUUGGGAAAGCUUGAAGACAAGGCUUCUUUCACCUUGUCCUUCAUGUUUGUUUUCUUAUCAUUUCAAACAACAAUCCGCUAAUCCUUCACCACAUCAAAUUUACUUGUUGAAGGUUUGGAUUUUCGAUCAGAAAGGAUUAUUAUACGAUAUCAACGAAAUCUUGUGUAAUCUCCAACUUACGAUUCAGCGAGUUAAAGUGAUGCCAACUCCUGAUGGAAGGGCCCUAGAUUUGUUCUUUAUCACCGAUGAGAUGGAAUUGUUUCACACAAAACAGCGGCGAGAUGAUGUAUGUGAAUAUCUUAUGGAAGCUUUAGGGGAGAAAUGUAUCUCCAGCGAACUUCAGUUGGCUGGACCUGAAUAUGAUGGACAUUUGCAGGGGUUUUCUUCUCUUCCACCGGCUUAUUCUGAAGAACUAUUUGGUCCUGAGUUAUCAGACAAGGUGUCUCUGCAUCCUCUCAGUCAAGAUAUGACAACACUGAAGAAACCGAGUGUUACUGUGGAUAAUACGUUGAGCCCGGCUCAUACUUUGCUUCAGAUACAGUGUGUUGAUCAGAAGGGCUUGUGUUAUGAUAUUAUGAGGAUUUCAAAGGAUUCAGAUAUCAAGGUUGCUUAUGGUAGAUUCACUUCAAGUGUGAAAGGCUUUCAAAAUAUUGACUUAUUUGUUCAACAAAAAGAAGACGGGCAAAAGAUCAUAGAUCCCGAACGUCAGAAAACUUUGUGCUCAACCUUAAAAGAAGAGAUGCUUCAUCCUUUGCGGGUAAUUAUAGUUAACCGUGGUCCAGAUAGAGAACUACUGGUUGCCAAUCCCGUAGAAUUGUCUGGAGAGGGAAGACCUCGGGUUUUCUACGACGUUACGUUGGCCUUAAAAGCAUUGGGAGUAUUCAUUUUCUCGGCUGAAGUUGUUAGACAUUCGACGCAAGAACGCCAGUGGGAAGUCUACAGGUUUUUGUUGGAAGAAAGUCGGGAAUUUCCAUUGGACAGCAGUAAAGCGAGAAGUCAGAUCGUGGACAAAGUUAGAAGAACAUUGAUGGGUUGGUAA